ACAGGAAGGUCACACCAUCCCCCACCAUCAUCAGAGUGGAAACCUGGAUGUUCCUACAGUUGCGGUCAAAGAAGAGAUUAAAGAGGAGAAUGAAGAGUAUGGGGUGAUAGACACCAUGGCGGAGUCAUCCAGCUACAGAAACCCACCAGAGAGAUGUCCACGUCCUCUGUAUUCCCGGGAUUCCACACAGGAAGGUCACACCAUCCCCCACCAUCAUCAGGGUGAAGAUCUGAUGAUCGUAAAAGUUGAGGAUGAGGAAGAAGAGACGUAUGUGAGGGAUGAUCAGCAAUAUAUGGAGGAGGCUGGAAUGACGAGGACAUUUAUAGAGGAGGACACUCCUACAGAGAUCAGCACAGGACACGCCAUGGAGAAACCCUCAAAGGAUCGUCCCAUUUUGUGGAGAAUACAAGAUGAGGACACCACAGGAGAUUGUGGAGGAGAAAAGACAAUGAGCUUCACUAUGGAUGGAGGACUUCACAAUGUGGAUAGACCAUGGAAUCCCUCUGACUCUGAGCAACCUCGUACUGUGAGGGGUGGGGCCGGGAUUCAGGGGAAGGAGACAUUUUCCUGUCCUGAAUUUGAGGAAAGUUCUAGCUCAGAAUUAUUAUUUUUUAAACAUCAUAGAACUCAUGCCGGAGAGAAGCCGUAUUCCUGCUCUGAGUGUGGGAAAUGUUUUAAAAGGAAAUCAGAACUUGGUAAACAUCAAAAAUGUCACACAGGGGAGAGGCCGUAUUCCUGUCCUGAGUGCGGGAAAUGUUUUCCAGGGAAAACAACACUUCUCAGACAUCAAAGAUCUCAUACAGGGGAGGGACCAUAUUCCUGUUUUGAGUGUGGGAAAUGUUUUUCAGAGAAGUCUGAUCUUUACGUCCAUCAUAGAACUCACAUAGGGUGGGAGGUGUAUUCCUGCUCGGAGUGCGGGAAAUGUUUUAAAUGGAAAUCAGAACUUGACAGACAUCAAACUUCUCACACAGGGGAGAGAUCAUAUUUCUGUCCUGAGUGCGGGAAAUGUUAUCCACAGAAAUCAACACUUGCCCGACAUCUAAAAUCACACACCGGUGACAAGCCGUAUUCCUGUUCUGAUUGCGGGAAAUGUUUUACAGAGAAGUCCCAUCUUUAUGUUCAUCUUAGAUCUCACACAGGGGAGAAGCCGUUUACCUGCUCUGAGUGCGGGAAAUGUUAUCCACGUAAAGGAGAACUUGACAGACAUCAAACUUCUCACACAGGGGAGAGACCGUAUUUCUGUCCUGAGUGCGGGAAGUCUUAUCCGAUAAAAACAACACUUGCCAGACAUUUAAAAACCCACACCGGAGAGAAGCCGUAUUCCUGUUCCGAGUGCGGGAAAUGUUUUGGAGAGAAAUCCUAUCUUUACGUUCAUCAAAGAACUCACACAGGGGAGAAGCAGUAUCCCUGCUCUGAGUGCGGAAAAUGUUUUCUACUGAAAGCAAAACUUGACAGACAUCAAACAUCUCACACAGGGGAGAGACCGUAUUCCUGUCCUGAGUGCGGGAAGUCUUACCCGCUGAAAUCAACACUUGUCAAACAUCUAAAAACCCACACAGGGGAGAAGCCGUAUUCCUGUUCUGAGUGUGGGAAAUGUUUUGCAAGAAAAUGCCAUCUUUCCAUUCAUCGUAGAGAUCACAGAGAGAAGAAGCAGUAGUAAUUCUUUGUGUGUGGUAAAAUGUUUUACUGAAAUCACUUUGGCUUGACGUACACCAAAGAUUACACGUGGGGAGUGGCCAUAUUCCUGUCCCGGGUGUGGGCAUUGUUUUCUGGCUGAAAUAAACACUGAGUGAGAAGCCAUAUUCCUGUCCUGAGUGCGGUAGAAAUCGCACGGGGAGGGGUGGAGCCAUUUUCUUAUAAGGAGUGUGGGGAAUGUUCCCAAUUAGAAAUCAGAGCUUCUUAUACAUUAAAGGCGUCACAGGAGUGAGAAGCCAUAUUCCUCUCCUGAAAAUAUUUUUCAGAGAAUUUCAUUCUUCAUAGACAUCAGAGGUCUCACACAGACAAAAAGACUUAAUCCUACCCUGAGUGUGGGAAAUGUUUUUCACAGAAACCCCAUUGUUGCAGAGGAUUCACACAGGCAGAAGACAUAUUCCUGCCCAGAGGGCGGGAAAUGCUCUCACAGAAGUCCCGUCUUUACAGACUUCAGACGAUUCACAAGGGCAAGAAGACAUAUAUUUAGUGAAUUUAGAUAAAUUGUACUAAAUCGGAGCUUCUUCUACAUCAAAGGUUUUACACAGGUGUGGGAAAUGUCUUUCAGAGAAGUCCGCUCUUCAUGGACAUCGGAGGUCUAACACUUUAGAAGACCUAUUCCUGCCCAGGGUGCAAAAAAAAAUUCUUACAGUAGGCCUGUCUUUACAGACUUAAGACGAUUCACAAGGUCGAGAAGACCUUUUCUUAUCUUGAGUAAUGGUUUUCACACAAGGCCCACCGUUCCAGCCAUUAAAACGCUACACAAACCCUCAAGAACUUUCAGAGAAGUCCUCUUUUCAUGCACAUCAGAGAUCUCACACCUCGGAGAAGACUUAUUCCUGCCCAGAGUGAGGAAUGUUCUCACAGUAGGUCUGUCUUUACAGACUUCAGACGAUUCAGAAAGGCGAGAAGACAUAUUCUUAUCUUGACUAAUGGCUUUCACACAAGGCCAUCUUUCCAGCCAUGAAAGCCGUUCACAAACCUUCAAGGUCUUUCAAAGAAGUCCGCUCUUCAUGGACAUCGGAGGUCUAAAACAUGCGAGAAGACCAAUUCUUGCUUAGAGAGUGAGAAAUGUUCUCACAGUAGGCCUACCUUUACAGACUUCAGACAAUUCAGAAGGGCAAGAAGACAUAUUCUUAUCUUGAGUAAUGGCUUUCACACAAGGCCCAUUGUUCCAGUCAUGAAAACCCUACACAAACCCUCAAGGUCUUUCAGAGAAGUUCACUCUUCAUGGACAUCGGCGAUCUCACAACUAGGAGAAGACCUAUUCCUGCCCAGAGUGAGGAAAAUGUUCUCACAGAAGGCAUACCUUUACAGACCUCAGACAAUUCAGAAGGGCAAGAAGACAUAUUGUUAUCUUGACUAAUGGCUUUCACACAAGGCCAUCUUUCCAGCCAUGAAAGCCGUUCACAAACCUUCAAGGUCUUUCAAAGAAGUCCGCUCUUCAUGGACAUCGGAGGUCUAAAACAUGCGAGAAGACCAAUUCUUGCUUAGAGAGUGAGAAAUGUUCUCACAGUAGGCCUACCUUUACAGACCUCAGACAAUUCAGAAGGGCAAGAAGACAUAUUCUUAUCUUGAGUAAUGGCUUUCACACAAGGCCCAUUGUUCCAGUCAAGAAAACCCUACACAAACCCUCAAGGUAUUUCAGAGAAGUCCGCUCUUCAUGGACAUCGGAGGUCUCACACAUGCGUGAAGACCUAUUCUUGCCCAGAGUGCGAAAACUUUUCUCACGGUAGACCUGUCUUUACAGACUUCAGACAAUACACAAGGGCAAGAAGACAUAUUCUUAUCUUGAGUAAUGGCUUUCACACAAGGCCCAUCGUACGUGAAAACCCUACACAAACCUUCAAGGUGUAUUUAUUUAGUGAAAUCAGAGCUUCUACAUCAAUGGUUUUACACAGGUGAGGAGCAGUAUUCCUGCCCUGAGCGUGAAAAAUGUUUUUCACAGAAAUCCACUCUUCACAAACAUCAGAGAUCUCAAACAUGCAAGAAGACCUAUUCCUGCCCAGAGAGUGAGAAAUGUUCUCAUAGAAGGCCUGGCUUUACAGACUUCAGAGGAUUGACAUGGGUUAGAAGACUUAAUCCUACACUGAGUGUGUAAAAUGGGAAGCCCCUUUCUAGACAUUAGAGGAUUCACACCAGGCCCGGACUGGGACAAAAAAUAGGCUCGGGCAUUUUGAAUUGAGCGGCCCAUGACAUGUUAACCGGCCCCUUUCCCACUGUCCACCCUGAAGGAUC